AUGCCAGCAACAAAAGUUACCAAUUUGACAUUUAGAGCAGGUGUAGCAAAGUACGACGAGGACACUAAAAUAUGUACACCAUUACCUGUACAAGGGCAAAUCUCGAUCAAGAAAGCCGGUGGCGAUGGUGAAGAUGAAGAAGAUGAAGAAGAUGAAAUGUCGCUGUAUGAGCUAAUAUGGAAACCAAUGGAAAAAGUUGUCGGAGAUAAUGUAGAGUAUUGUCAGGAAUUAAAUUUGAUGUUGAUUCCUGAUGAUACACAAUGGGUCUCAGUGAAGUCAUGUAAAAAUGGGAGGGUAUUUGCUUUGGUUUAUUCUUCGAAUCAAAAAUAUUUCUUUUGGUUACAAGAGAAGAAUGCUACUAAUUUGUCAUUGAAUGAAUUAAGUGAGAAAGAUAAGUGCAUUUUCAAGAAUUUGGCUUCCAUCUUAAGUACAGAAGGAGGUGAUGAACAAGAAGAGGUAAAAGAUGAGAAAAAAGAAGACAUAGCCAUGAUUGACGCUUAA